AUGGAUCAAAUAAGUAAUAAGGAACUUUUGAAAAAGAUCAAUAUACAAUUAAAAUCAGCAGUUACAGUUUAUGCAAAAAUUCAAAUAGUAAAUUAUUUACUCAAUUCAACUUCUGAGUUUAUAGACAUGUAAAAAAGGAGGCUAAUUUUAGGUUUGGAUAGACAAGUUCAAUGAAGAUGAUUACUUAAUAUUUGAAAGAAGCUUUGAAAUGUAUUUAAGCUAAUGAAGAACUUGUUGAUAAAAUAUUUAUGUUGUUGUUGAAAAUGAAUUUAAAUGAUGAAAUGCUUAAGGAAUCUGAUAUGGGAUAUUUAUUAAUCAAAAUAAAAGAUAAAAAACUAUUAGAUGAUUAAAGAGUAAGUAUAAAUGAUUAAAUACUAUAAAAAUGGUUGAAAAUUAAGACAAGAUAUAGAAAUACUCUUGAAGAGUUAAAAAAAAACAGUAAUUAAAAGGAUAAAUAUGAGGAACGCAAAAAAAAAGUGAAAAGAAAUUAAUCAUCAAGUUCAAAUGAAUCAUAAAACAAAAAGAAAAAAAAUAAAAAGAAAAAUGUUCGGUAUAUUUUAAGUAUUGAAAUUAUUAGUUUUGCAAGAGAUGACAUUCUAAUGAAUUAUAAAUAUUUUAAAAGAGAUGAUGAACCUAAUCUAAGAGGAAUGACUAUAGAGGAAGUAAUUGCUUUCCAAAAAUAAUAUGCAGGUGAAUUAAGAAGAUUAUAUUAAAUUAAUGGUUAUGAUAUAAAACAUAGAGAAUCUAUGAUGGAAGGAUAAGAACAUAAAUUAUAAUUAGAUAAUAUCUAAUAAAUGAUUGAAUAAAUUCCAUUUAUUAAACCUUUGAGUAAGUUAUUAAAAUUAUUAGAAUUAUGCUCAACCUUCUUUUCAUCUUUUGAUACCAAUUUUUAAGAAACUCAGAAAUAAUAAAUAAGAACUGAAUCCAAAAUGUCAGCAUUCUAUACCAGAGAUGUAAAUAUUUCUAUAAAUUUUAAUCUCUAGUAGAUUCCUGAUCAACCAGGGUAUAAUGAAAUAUCUAAUACUUAAAUUGGAAUAUAACCAAAAAUUAUAUAUCUUGAUCCUCCAAAGAAAGAAGAUCUUAUGUUUAUGGUUCAAAUCAUAUGCAAUAGAGGAUUCUCAGAAUUAGAAGAAAAACAUAAGAAUGCAAAUAAAAAAUAAGUAAAAGGCAUUUUGAAAAAACCAAAAGAGGAACAAUCCAAUUAAAAAGAUGUCAUUUUGAAUCAAGCAAAGCAAGAUCUCUAACCCAAAAUGCAGCAAUUGGUACAAAUGGUUGAGUAGAAAUAAAACCAUAGCCAAGAAAGUAUUCGUAAGAAUAUUAAUUUAUUUAAGUCACUUUAUUACAUGAUAUUAUAUAAAAAUUAAAGGAAAUUGGUGAGGAAUAAUAUAUAAAAAAUUUUAAAUCAUUCCUUGAAACUAAGUUGAAUGACAAACAAUCAAUUAUAACUGAAUAAGAACGCAUUAAAUCUCAAUAAGAAUAAUAGAGAAUUCGAAUUGAAUAAUUAUAAAGCAUUAAUCCAGUUCAGGCUCAAAGAUUAAGAGCAUACAAAACCAAAAAUUGUCACAAUUUUCAUUCCUCUAUAGGAUGUACAAGAGGAGAUAAUUGCAAUUUCAUCCAUGACUCUCGCUACCCUGGAAGACCUGCUCCAAUUCUUCAAUAUCCUAAUUUCCUAAACAAAACCCUCUAUCCUUAACCUAAUAUGUAAUUAAUUAUUCCUCCUCUGCUCCAAUAGCUAAAUCCUGCCUUUCUGUUAGGAAGGUUAAAAAAGUACGAUAGUUUAUGA